AUCUUCUCCCUGGGAGAGCUGGGACUACUCCUCCUCAUUGGAUACACCUUCCAGCAGACAGGGAGUGGUGCCCAGACAUCGUGGGCAGUACCUGAUGCAGAGCCGCUUGGUUGGGAGCUCCUGAUCAAAAGUGUCCUGGGACAGGAGCGACUUCCAUGCUCUGAAGCUGGCUGAAUGAUACUCUCCUUAGACGACUGGAGUAGUAGGGCAAUGGAGCCUCCACGGGGCCCGAGGAAGCCUCUGUCCUGGAGGAGAGCCAAGUCUCUGGACAGGCUGCAGAACACCCAAAAGGAUUCAGAGUUGUGGGACUGCCAGGGCCCUUCCCUGCCCACUGGCCCCUUCAGGGAAGGUCUUUGUCGGGCGGCCAGUGAUGGGACCAGAUGUCUCAAGCGUCCAGUUCAGUCUGCGGAGGCUCAGGACACCACGGCUGCUGCCCCCAGCCCAGAGGAGACCAAGGACCUUCUCAGCGAGCAGAGGCCUCUGCAGGACGCCAAGAAGGACAAGGCCCAGCGGCAGGCCCCGCAGGGGUGGCUGAGGUUUGUGGUGAACUUAUUCUUCAGGACAGGCCCUGAGGAGCCCAAGGAAAAGACCAACAAGAAGGCAAAGGGGAAGGAGGGGCCCCCCGAGCCCGCAGAAACCCCCGAGAGCCCGGGCGAGCCAGCUCCCAGGAAGAAGCCCCACAGCAAGAAGGCCAGCCGCAAGAAACACAGUCAAAGGAAACACGGCGUGGAGGAGGCCAAGGGGGCCCGAGAUCAGCAGGCCGAAGGCCAAGAGGCCAAGGCGGCUGAGGCCUCACGUGGUGAGGGGGCUGACCUGGGCCCAGCAGCCAGGGAGGAUAUCAUCCAGAAGAUAGUGCAGCUGCUCCAAAAAGUGGGAGACCAGUGGGAGGAAGAGCAGCAUCAAGCCCUUCACUCUGUGGUGACCCGACGGAACGCAGGACCGGUUGUCAAGAAGAAAUCCCAAGAGAAAAUGUCCAGCCUCAAGAGAGCCUUUUCUUUUAAGAAAUAUGGUCCCGAGGAACCCAAGAGAGCAGGGGCCGCCCAUGUUUCCAGCCCAGAGUCCCGGCCGCCCAAGAGGCCCAACUUUCUGCCCCUGUGUGUGGGCGGCCAUCGGCCCUCCAGCUCCAGCCUCCCCGGUGUGGAAGAACCUGAAGUCCAAGAGGCUCCACCUACAGAUGGAGGAGAGCCAAGUCCCUUUGAGCUUUGCACCCCAGCAGAAAGUGGGGGAGCCGACGAGGACCUGCAGCAGGACAGAGCCACAGAAUUCAAAGAAUUCAUCCAGAAGAUCAUUGCUCUACUCCAAGAUGCAGAGGAGCAGUGCGGAGACAAGCAACUUCAAGUCCAGGAGCCAGAGGUGGCUGUAGAAAACGUGGCCCCAGCCUGCAGGAAGAAAAGCCAAGAGAGAAAGUCCAACUUCAGAAAAGCCUUCUAUAAAAAACACAGCUCCAAAGACCCCAAGAGGGUGGGGGCUGCAGGUGCUGCCAGCCCAGACUCCCGGCCACCCAAGAAGCCCAGCUUUCUGCCCCUGUGUGUAGGUGGCCAUUGGCCCUCCGUCUCCAGCAACUCUGAUCUGGAGGAUCUCGAAUUCCAGGGGUCCCCAUCCACAGAAGGGGAGCCAGUUGGAGCCCCAGAAGCACCCUCCCAGGCCAGAAGCCACAAGCUAGAAGGGGGACCUCAGCUGGACGGAGCGAAUGAAUCCAAGGAGCUGAUCAUCCAAGAGUUGGUGGCCCUUCUCCAAGAAGUGGAUGGCCAAUUGGGAGAGCAGAUCAAGCGACACCCCAGUUUUAAGAAAUUUUUCUACAAGCCCUCAGUCUCUUCCCUCAGAAAACUGGCAGCCACACUGCGCAGCCAAGGAGCCCACGCCACCGAGCCCCAGAGAACCUACCCAUUCGUCUUUGGCUUGGGAAACCAAUGUGCUGGCAACAAUUACCACACCGUCCUCAGUCUCACAGGCCUACACUACAGGAGACCCAGUUAUGGCCAGUUCCCGUACGAGGAGGCCCAGCAGAACAUCACAAGUUCUCAGAUCCAGAGUCCAGAUUGAAAGCUGUGCUUUGCACUCAAGUUCCCUUGAACUAUGCAAACAUUGGUAGCUUCAGCCAGGAAACCCUGAAUGUGCUCCGUGUUCUCCCAAUCCAGUGCUUCACAGACAUGACUGAAGACAAGAGUGGACAGCCAUUCCGUGUCCAUGCACCAUCGUGGGCUCAUUGAGAUGGAGAAUGAACAAGGUGUUCUUCUGCAAAACUGGAGGCAAAGGCCAUGGGGGGAAAUGCACUGGACUGGGAAUUAGGAGACCAGGACUCCACCUGCUGACCUACCUCCAAACUUGGCUCCAAAACCCUGUACGAAUCCCACGUCCCCUCUCCUCUCCAGACCUUGGAUUCUGGGCUGGAUUAGUGACCCAUCUGGUUGUAUGAUGCUAAAAUAUCUCUAAAGAGAGAUAGCAAGUGCUUUCACUUUGUGGCUAAAUAUACCCACCCCACGUAGCUGGAGGCAAUCUUUAAGUACUGACCAAAAGAAUGAAUGAAUGGAACGCCUGAGAUCCAGGCAAUUCUGCUAGGCAUUCUCUGGGAGGCCUUGGUCCUCAACUAGGAUUGUGAGACCAGUGGUUUUCCUCUGAAUUUGUAAUUAGAGAGGAAAUGGGGGAGUUACCUCAGUAGGCAAUAGUCUGGAGCAAGGCCUCUGCAUUCUGGGGCCAACCUGAGGGCCCAGUGCUGACUUAUGUAUCCUUGCUUGCUUGUUUGUUUUAUUGUGUGUUUUCUUGGCUCACCAGGGCUAAAAAUAUGCCCACAUCAUGUAGAAGAGCUGCUGAUACUUUUUUCAGAUGUUAGUUUUUAAAAUAAGUCUCUUGCUUCCCUGAUAGCUCAGUUGGUAAAGAAUCUGCCUGCAAUGCAGGAGACCCCAGUUUGAUUCCUGGGUCAGGAAGAUCCCCUGGAGUAGGGAUAGGCUACCCACGCCAGUAUUCAUGGGCUUCCCUUGUGACUCAGUUGGUAAAGAACUCGUCGGCAAUGCGGGAGACCUAGGUUCAAUCCCUGGAUUGGGAAGAUCCCCUGGAGAAGGGAAAGGCUACCCACUUCAGUGUUCUGGCCUGGAUAGUCCAUAGGGUCGUAAAGAGUCGGACAUGACUGAGCAACUUUGACUGACAUUAGUUUUAAAAAUACAUCUAUGCUUAAUCUCUCACCAGAACAUCCACAUGCACUUAACAGAUGUGCAGCUCCAGGUAUCACAUAAUCUAUUCAGCUUGCCAACAGUACUUAAUGCCCAUAUGCAUUUGUAGAACCUCCCAGGAACCCUGCAACCUCUAGAUGGGGAAGCAGUAUAGUGGGGACAACUGGUCUGUCUUAGAAUCCUCUCAACCUGAUGCCUUUCAGCUCUGCCAUCUCAUGUUUUGCUUGUUUAGUCGCUAAAUCAUGUCUGACUCUUUGCGACCCCAUGAACUGUAGCCUGCCAGGCUCCUCUGUCCAUGGGUUUC